UUUUAUUUAGGCAUCACAUUGUUAUCAAUCAACUCAUUCCCACCCAAAUAAUAAUAACAGAGAACAACAAUGGCGUCUACAACUAGCAUAAUUCAACCUGGCUUCUCAUGCGGCGGCGCAUUAUCUUCCUUCACCGCAAAGCCAAGGCGUAUGGUGAUGGUUCGUGCCCAAGCUAUAAACCCAGAUAUUAAGAAGGAUGAAGCGAAAGUGGUCGACUCUGUUCUCGUCACUGAACUCUCUAAGCCUCUUACUGCGUACUGCAGGUGUUGGAGGUCUGGGAUUUUUCCUCUAUGUGAUGGAAGCCAUGUGAAGCACAAUAAGGAAACCGGCGAUAACGUUGGACCCUUGCUAUUGAAGAAGCAGUAAGCCAGUAAAUGAACUACUCUCCAGAUUAUGCAAAGACUAUUUUCUUAGUAUCUUUUUGUUCUAUCUAUACCAUUUGUUGAAUGAGAUGUUCUUCUUUCUAGAAUAGGACCUACUUAAAACUGAAAGUACUUGAAAUAUUCAUCCUUUUGCAGCCUCAUGCUACAACUUGAUCACAUUAUUAUCACAUGAGUGUAAUUUCCAUAUGGAUUAGUUAAAUGAAAGUGAUGAGUUAACAAGUCA